AUGCAGAAGCUUCGCACGGCUGUCAUCACACGCUACACUCCGUGGGGGAGUGACGAGGACUGCACUGUCCCGGACGUCGCCGAUGUGUUGAACACUUGGAAGCCCGGUGGUGCAACGGAGAUCGCUGCUGCUUUCACAGCCCUCGAGCAGCGACUGAAAGACAUGGACCAAGCCUGGCAUCCAGUGAAGUGUCAGGCAGUGCCAGCUGUGCCGCACGGUGCAAGCACGGGUGCGCCGGUGGUCCUCAGCUGUCUUGACCUGGGUUUCCAGGAAUCAGACUCUGUGCGCGGAAAGUCCAAGAUGGUCAACGUUUUGGAGGUCGCGUUUUCCUAUAUGGACACCCGCCGCUUCGACUCCAUGCGCUUGCCACUCAGCGUCUUCUUUGCAGAUCCUCCGGGGACGAAGCUGACCCCCUUCUGCACCAAACACAUCGUCGGCUUCGGGCGCUCGCUUGCAGCAAAGAUGCUGGUCAUGGAAGCCUGUAUCCUGGAGCCGACCCUGACAGAUGAGGAAAUGGGAGAGCUCGGCUCCCUGCUUCAGUCUUGCUUUGAGAUUCAUGCUGUUGUCAUGGGGCCUGCCGGCGGCAAAGAUAUUGGCUAUGCAUCCAUGAGGAACAAGUUCCAAGUGAGCGAAUCCGUGCGGCCCGAUGUCCUGCAGCUGUACCACGUGCUCUCGGGUAUCGUUGCGCAGCCGACCCAGCAGGAGCUCAAGCAGGCGAUUGCAGAGUUCAAUCGUUCAUCCAGCGUGGCCGGCCAGCGAAUCAGCGACCUGGAAAGCAAGGAUCCAGUCCUUGGCUUGAAGCUCUCCUGUGUCUUCGUCGAGUUCCGCCAGGAAUGGGCCAAGAUGUUGGAUGGCAAGCAGCUUGCCGUGGUGGACAAGAUGUUUUUGAGAGGCGCCCUCGACAGGGAGCUUGGGGACGCCCUGAAGGUUCAGGACGCCGAGCUCAAGGCCAACUCCUUCAGUUUUCUCCAGUCCGUGACCGGCCAGGUCUCGGACACACAGAAGCUCGAGCAAAGCAUCGCACAGGCAGAGAUGUCAAGUGAAACAGCACAGUUUGGAUUGUUCACGGCACGCUUGCAGAGAGAGCAGCAGCUCUUUCUUGCGCACAAGAAGGCUGUGAACGACUACGAGUCGCUGCAAAAGAACGGCCGGCAAAGCCAUGUCGCCAUGCAGGAGCAGAAGAUGACAAGUCUUGCAGAAGCACGUCUCGAGAGCCGGUAUCCCAUGAAGGUUGUCCAAGAAUGCCACGUCUACCCCUGGUUCGGCACUUGCAUUGCCGGUCUGUCUGACACCUUGGCCUUGAACGCAGACAAUGCCUACCACAUAUUCUUCUGCAACCUGACCCACUUCGGCUCCAACUUCAAUGCCCAUGUGCAUGGGAUGGCGAGGAUCAUCGUCGACGGAAUUGCGGCCAAUCCUUCCAGGAGUGUGGGGCUGGUGCUGGCACCAAAUGUCGGAGUGCCAGGCACCGGCCAGUACGAGGAUAAUGCAAUUCAGAAGGCCCAGGACCAGGUGGACGAGCUUCUGCGAGACUCAAGCAACCAGGUGCGAGUCAGGCGAUGUGCCAUCGCUUUUGCUGGGCCGCUUGGCAAGAGAUCGCUGUCGCACGUUCUCUGGAUGGUGAUCUCUGAAGUUACAAAGAGUGCCGAGACAGAUGAACCGAUCAGCUGUUUCGCCUCGAGUGCUCUGUGGAAUGGCCGACUUAUCAACAACGUUACGACCAAGGCCGUCGCAGACUUCGUGAUUCCCAGUAUGGCAUCCAUGAAAGUGGGCGGAAUCACGUCUUUCUCGAAGGCGCAGCAGUUCAAGCAGCAUAUUGCCGGGCCAGCACUGAUGAGCGGCAUCAUGGACCAGCUCUGGAAAGGAGUCCCGCUGGGAGCGUCGGCAGUUGCCGGGUGGUUGGACUUGUGCCCUUACGACGGCGGUCUCCUGGCAGCCAUGUCUGCGUGUGAGCACAUUGCCAAUGUUUCUCAGUUCUUGUGCUCGGCCUAUUGCUUUGAGAAUAGCCCGCUGACCCUGUCUGAGAUGGCAUUGUGGCAGCAGGACUUCGGCCUGAGGUUUCUGACGGCUGCGGUGCGUGCCAGAGAGUGGCGUGAGUAUGCACCGGACGGAUCGCCGCCUGUCUUCAACAGCCAGGACCUGGUGCUCACGAAAAUGGUGCCCUCGGACGGCGUGCUUUCUUUGCCACUCCGACAGGACGUUCUUUCAGAGAAAGAGCGGUGCUUUACACGGCUUGCGGACGAGUUCACGAAAAUCAUCAAUGAGCACAACAAGACCUACAAUGUUUCCGGCGUUCCUUGGCGAGGAGACCAUGCUCCUCCCGCCAGGUCCUCGGCAGAUGAGACUCAGGCGGAGCCGUUUCCAGAGGAGCACGCUGUGACUGAGGAGUCCUUGAAAACGAAGGGCUCCCCUUUGGUGACUGUUCAAUCCAGAGUCAGCUCAGUGCAGCUCCUCCUGAAGACAGUCGACGGGACCAAGCAGGUGUACUUGAAGAGCCUCUCCGACGGCACCGUCAGCAAGGAGGAGCCCAUCUUCCAUGUCUAUGGCGACUACGUGACAGGAAAAGAACUCGCAGAGCUGGAGAAAAGCAAGAAAGUCCUGUGGCCCUGGAAGAUGGAGAGCAUGGACUACUGCCUCAGCAUUGCCUCCCCCUUCGAGGAUGGGUUCAAGUGCAAUCUCACCACGCUGCAGAAGUUCUUCGACUUCCUGGUCACGAAGAACAAGGGCGUGCCGAAGAUUGUGUGCCACGAGGUGAAGGACGGGGUUAUUAAGUCGACAGAAGCCUGUGCGUACCAGCCGAAGCCCUUGCCAGCGAAGACAGUCGAGAGCAAGGAGAACAUCGGAAGCUUGCUUCCGUUUGCCGACACAGACUGGAGCACUGGCAGUCACAAGUUUGGCUUCUUGGAGCUGAAAUGCCAUUUGAAGUACGAGGACUCGCCACAGAGGUCCGGUCUUUUUCCAGCCAAACCGGCUUACCAUCUGAAGAAGACCUAUCGCUUCUCGAAAGAGAAAGUCUAUCGCAUCGCCUGA